AUUAGUUCAGAUACUGACACGAUACCUGCUGCAGGAUUAAAACAAAACUCAUUCAUAAAAUUUUAGUAGAGAUGUUGGUAUUCCAGGACAAUAAAUAUUGUUGGCAUUUUCCCUGGUAAAGAUAUGUUCUGGCAUCCAGGCGAGCUGUAACAGGACCCGCACCACUCCCCUCCUGAGAGGCCAUUCCACACCAAGCAGUUUGACGUAACGUAACCUCUGUUUUUCUAACCAAUCAGGGGCAAGGCUUUUGGCACGCCUCUAAUAACUCCCUCAAUCAUUCUGAUUAAAAUAAAAAUUACCUCUAAUAUUGUUGCAUUUUAACAGAGUAGUCCGUAUGAUUUUAAAUUAUUAAACCAGAACAUUUUCACUGUAAUAUAUUCUAAUGUAUUAAUACAAAAUAAGCAGUUCUGAAACAGGGUAUGUCUGAGCGGAACUCAUUUGGAUUUGCAUUUGUUUCCGCACGGGUGGAUAAUCUCGGUUUAUCAGCAGAGGAGAUGGCAGCCCUCCGGACGGCGCUCCAUGCACGACUUGUUCAGACUUUCCCAUUUUCCUUUGGCUCCAUGCGAUUCGCCAGCUCCUUUAAGGCAGCAGAUCUCACCAUCGAACGCAACCCGAAAUGCAAGCCAAAGCCCGACCCGUCCACUCUGCUGUUUGGCAAACAGUUCUCUGACCACAUGCUGACCAUAAGCUGGUCGGAGAAGGGUGGCUGGGACGCUCCGCAGAUCAAACCCUUCCAGAACUUGUCUCUACACCCGGCCUCCUCCGCCCUGCACUAUUCCACAGAGUUGUUUGAAGGCAUGAAGGCCUUCCGUGGAGUCGACAACCACAUUCGUCUGUUCAGGCCCAUGCUGAACAUGGAGAGGAUGCAUCGUAGCGCAGAUAGGAGUUGCCUUCCUCUGUUUGAUAAAGUCGAAAUGCUGGAGUGCAUCAAGAAGCUGGUGGAGGUUGACCAGGACUGGGUCCCUUUUUCCCAGGACGCCAGCCUCUACAUCCGACCCACCUUCAUAGGAACUGAGCCGUCUCUUGGUGUGUCUCGGACCAGUAAGGCGUUGAUCUUCGUCAUCUUCAGCCCAGUGGGACCAUACUUUGCCACUGGGUCCUUCAACCCGGUUUCUCUGCUGGCAGAUCCUGCGUUUGUCCGAGCUUGGAAAGGAGGAGUCGGGGCGUACAAGAUGGGAGGUAAUUACGGGCCGACCAUCGCCGUCCAGAACGAGGCGCUGAAGCAGGGCUGCCAGCAGGUCCUAUGGCUGUACGGAGAGCAUGAGGAGAUCACAGAGGUCGGCACCAUGAACCUCUUCAUCUACUGGACCAAUACUAAAGGAGAGAGAGAGCUGGUGACCCCUCCUCUGGACGGCAUCAUUCUCCCCGGGGUGACCCGGCAGUCUCUGUUGGACCUGGCCAGAGCCUGGGGUGAGUUUAAAGUGACGGAGCGAACGAUGGCGAUGAAGGAGCUCCUCGAGGCUUUAGAUGCUGGAAGAGUCCUGGAGGUGUUUGGAGCUGGAACCGCCUGCGUUGUUUGUCCCGUUGAAACCCUCCUUUAUAAAGGAAAGACAUAUCAGGUCCCUACCAUGCAGAACGGUCCAGAUCUUGCAAAGAGAUUCUUUAAGGAGCUUACUGAUAUUCAGUAUGGCCGCAAACCAAACGAAUGGGCGCCAGUGGUUGUUUAAAGAGCCGUCUUUGCACACGCCACAUCCAUCAACAGUAUUUAUGUCCAGUCCCUUCUGUUCGAACGACCAGCCAGUGCAAUCAUCCUAAACUUUACCAGCCUGAGGAGACCUGAGGAGGGUGUCCCCGUCAGUCUGAAGCUCAACACCCCCACCCCUCACAGAUCUCUCCCCACUCUUUCUAAGGACCCCUCAAAGAAAAACAGUUGGAGCUUUGAAUGUAAUUAACACAUCAAGAAUAUAAAGAUUUAAUGUCAAGUUUUGGUGUACAGACUUUCUCAGUAACUUUAGCUGAACAAACAUCCAUUGUGAUCAUUCUUGUCGGCACAAACAAACUUAUCUAUGUUGUUUAAACAGCAGCUAAAUAUUCAGUGUGUAGGGCCUGAGUGUUAGACAGUCAGCCUCUCUGCAGUAUGCACUAUUAAUUCACUGUAGAACAACUGUUACACCAGUGUGAAGAUGUCCUGUUACUGUUGCGCACACAGAUCCGAGCUCCCCGGUUCUCGUAGUGGAGGCCGCGCUCAGAGGAAACGUUUUUAAUUUAAAUGUUAGUGAUCAGAAUCAUGGAGGUGGAAGUGAACAGCGGCGCGCACAAGUGGUAGGAAGCAAACAUGUAGAAGAGAACUAAAUGCUGGCGGUUACUCCUGCAGUAGUUUGUGUUUUAUGAGAACAAUGUAAAGUUACUGAUUGUGUUUCAAGGCUUUUAAAUUAUUGUCUCCUUGUAUUGAUGUAAGAUUUGGCCAGCUGUCUUCCAAAGUUUCUCCAGUAUCUUGCUGUAUUCUCCUUUAAUGUUUUGUUUCUCCUCUCUCUGAAUGUACUUUGUACACAAAUUGUAUUCCUGUCCCUCUCCUCGAAGUGCCUGACCGCUGUGGGUUAGCUUGUCCUUCCUGUGUUAGUCCUCCAGAGGAUGUACCGCUAAAACAAGUCAUUUUAGUCCUGUUAGUUUCAACGUGCUGUUACUUUUAUUCGGUUUUUACUAUAAAACUUGACUAGUUUUA